UAUUUUUAUUGGAAUUGCAGAACUUUAACAUUGACUAUUGUUUUUUGUUUCACAAAGUUUUAAUAUUAUUUUAAUUUUAUUUGCUGGUUUAUGUUCCUCAACUUAAAAGAUAAAUCUAGACUAAAUAGAUUCAUAGUGAUGAAAUCUUAAUGCAUAGGAAUAAAAAGAAUAAAAUAAAGGUCAUCCUGUAUAUUAUGUCUACAUAUUGGUGCCUUCUGAUCACAUUUACAUGGUAUUGAAUAGCAAGAGAAAAAACUACAAAUAUUAAUUUCUUCUUUUAGUAUUAUAUUAACAACUUGACCUAAUUUAAUAAAACUUUGCAUUUCUCUUCUUCUACUUUGCAGUUACCUACCUUGUGUUUAUCUGUUGCAUAAAAUCCCAUUAAUAUGCACUGAACUUUGUGGCUGCAAUGUAACAAAAUUGGAAAACAUUAAUCCUCCUGCUUCAUAAUUCAUGAGCCAAACUAAUGAAGUAAACUAAGGAAGAAUGACCUUCAUGGUGUAAAUGCAUUAAACCCCACUUGUUAAAUUUUUUCUCAUGCUGAGGCACCUGGCACAUUUCAAAAUCAUUUUAUCUUCACUGCACCUCACAGAUGUUCAAGUGAAGGACUAAAAUGUCUCAGAUGUCAUCUUUUCUUAGAAUUGCAGAAUUUCUUGCUGUGUAGCUUAGAUUUCUUGAACCAGGAAGCUCUUUCUGAAACUGGAAAAUUCUCUUAAAUGUGAUUCCUCGGCGUAAUUAAAGUCAGAUUUUCAUCACAUCCACAUUAUAUAUAUACAUUUACUCCCUUUCAGUCAGAGAGUGAGGCACAACAUAUUACCAUUCAGCUGAUUUAUCUUUGUGUAAUGGUCAUAGUACCUGAUUUUAAUACAAGUAAAGUUAAUUUGUUUUAUUUUGGGGCCAAAUGUGCCUGGAAGAAAGUUAAGCUUAAUUUAUUUCUAACCACUUUUGAAUUCAGUAAGUAUAUUCGCUUGGACGUUGUUAUUGAGUAUAUGCAUAUAUGUGUGCGUGUGGGCAUGUGGGGGUGUGGGGGUGUGUGUGCUUGCAUUUGAUACAUUGUGUGUGUGGCUCUGGGUUUGAAGGGGAUUGCUGACUUUGCAGCAGCAUUUGCAACCUGCAAGAAAAGACGAGAGAGCUCAAAUGUGUCGGGACAGCAAACUGAACUUUCUCUGAAACGGCAAGGGGUGUUCUGUGGAUUUCAUGGCUCUCCUCACCAACAUAGCCAUCCUGAUGGUGCUCGCUUGUAUUUCCCAUCAGAUGAUGUUGGGCAGCUGUCAGAGGAUCCACGGACGUAGAGGACGGGGGGACAGAGGACAUCGCAAGGAAAGAUCAGGACUGAGCCGUGUGAAAACUGCUGGAGGCAAACUGGUCACAAAAGAUGGUUCACGUUGCACCUGGACUGCAAUAGAAAAUGAUCCAUUGUUCCUCUUCAUUACUUGCAAAACUGGUGAAAACAGCUUCAUCUGUAGUUAUAUUGGCAGACCAGCUCUUUGUCCCCAAUAUACAUCCAAAACUUUACUCUACUGGAAGCAGAUUACCAGGGCUCUGAAGAAGCAAAACAGCCUGUGUCAUAAUGAAAAGUUACUGGUGAGGGCAGGCGUGUGCAAACAAGCCCCCAGAGAGGCUCACUUCAGGCUCGUAGUUGCCCAGAAGGCGACGACUCCCUUGCCUUACAUUCCAGCAGCUCCAGACACAGACGCCAAAUCCUGCCUGCCUAAGAACAAGAAACUGGCCAAAGAGUUCUGCAGUGACUCCUGGUCUAGUGUUUGCACAUUUUUUUCCACCAUGGUGAACAAUUAUGAUUGCUGAGAUAGAAAAAGGCUUGGCUUGUGUGGUCACUUCAGAACAUACAGUAUUUAAGUGUAUACUUCAUGUAGCUUGUGGUUUCGUAAAGAGAUUGUAAGACUCAACUUGUAAAGUGAUAGUCACUGCACAUUGGAAAUAAAAUAACACUGUUUAUUCUACUUGCAUGAAAAUAUGUAUUUAUAUGAUAGAAACUAAAAUUUUAUGUGAACUUUAAAGUCAUUUUUUCCCAUUGUGAUGAUGAAUAAUUAAAUCCAUCCAAAAUAAAUCAUAGCCAUCCACACAA